GCCAUAAUAUCUUGUUCGUCGAAUAAGUUGUUAACCCAAUGUCUUGUUUUGUGUAUUAUAUAUUGAGUGGCUUAAUAAAACACAAUAAAAAUGUGAUGGUUGCAAUAGUACUGGAAUAAUAAACACCUUAAUAAACAGUUGUUAUUAUAAUAGUGAACGUACAUUCGGAUAUUGACGUCUGUUUAGUGUUGGGGUUACGUUCUGCUAACCCGAAAGAUGGCUGAGAAAUCGGUCGACAGCAAAGUGGGUUCGACUGUUUCAUCAAAAUCCCAGCUACAUAACACUUCUGUAAGUGAUGUCGCAGUACAGGAAGAUGUUGAAGCAAGGGGCUCAUCUGAAUACCCUAAAGUUACGGGAGAUGCCAUUCCAAAGAAAAAGAGUACAUUCAAAAUCACCAGUGUUGUGACUGGACAGUAUACUCCAAACUCGAGGGGUGGCAGUGGCGAUUUGACAGCUGAUGUAGAUGGUGACAGCUUGGACGACUUGGAUGAAAGCCACACUGAAGAUUUCAGUUCUGAAAUGUAUGAUAUAUCUAGAACUACAGAUUUAGAUCAAGAUGCUUUACUUACACCAGAUGAAGUAUUAAUUGCCAAAGAAAAGCCUGAUAAUCAGUCUAGAUUUAAAGUAGUUAAGAUUGAAACCAAGGAACCCUUUCGCAGAGGACGGUGGUACUGUCACGAUUAUCUUGACACCACUGAAAAAACUGAAAAACAAAGUGAUGAAAUUACUGUGCAUUCUGGGAAUUCUAGUGCUGGGAACUCUGUUCAUUACAUACAUGGUGUGGAUGAUCCGUCGAAGAAUCCAUUAUUAGCUGGUGGAACUGGUACCGUUCCAAAUAUGACCGGAACAGAGACUUUCAACUCCGUUCAGGGUGAAAGCUUUAAGCCUAUUAAUCCUGCUCCACAUGCUAGUCAGCCAGUUGUUUCUCAAGUGGCACACAAUCAAUCCCAACGACAAUCAACGUCUGGUUUACCAGGUGAUAGUAAUCAGAUACCAACACAAGUCCCAAGCAAUACAUCAGUUAGCCAGCCAAAGCCAGGUAUACCAUCUGUGCAAUCGGGAGUCCACCAAGUUCCACCUGGACAGUCAAAUUCUUCGCAAAAUUUACCCCUUUCUAAUGCUCAAAGUGUUCCACUAAUGCCUCAAAGUAUGAACCAAACAAAACAAAGUGAUAUGAAUCACUCUGCUCCAGCGCCUGGGACUCAAACUGGACAGAUAAUAAAUGCUAUGCAACCGGGCUCACAUUAUGGUGAGCAAGGCUUUAAUUCUCAAGCCUAUAGUAUGUCAAAUGUCCCAGGACAGACUUCACAAUCUCAACCCACUGGUGGUCAGUCAAAUGCGUUUGUUAAUAAUGCUCCAAAAGGUAGCUCGACAGGGGAGAGCAUUCCUGAUCUAUCAUCCACGCCUAGUGUAGCUGCUCCCCAGCAGCCAAAAGGACAGCCCACUGGAACUCAAUCUAUAAAAUCUACGUUAAGUAGCGGAAAUUUGUCUGGAAUGCAGUUAAAUCAGUUAUCUGGUCAAGAGCCAAAUUUAGACAGCAUAUCGAGCAGCGAUAUUUCGUCUAGUAGUACAAGACGGCAAUCAACGACCGGCAUCCGUACCACUCAAGACCUUCAAAACUUAGUUCAAGAUACAUCAGGCAUUCCUGAACUUACCGGUCCAUUACUGUUUGCUGUCAGUGGCAGGGAAAGUCCAGCGAAAGAGACAAAAGAUGAAUCAGAAUGUGGGACAAGUGCAGUAGCCAUUGACAACAAAAUAGAACAAGCUAUGGAUUUGGUUAAAAGUCAUUUGAUGUUUGCAGUUCGAGAGGAAGUAGAGGUUUUAAAGGAACAAAUUAAAGAACUUGUAGAGAAAAUAAGUCAGCUAGAGUAUGAAAAUAGUAUUCUACGUGCUGCUGCCACACCUGAAACACUUGCAAAGCUUCAGCAACAAAAAGCAUUACCGCCUUCAUCAUCUUCAUAAAUGACAUGGUGCUUGUUAAACCAUAUGUUAAAAACAUAAUCAUUAUGGCUCCACCCAUUUAGUGUUGAAAGUGUCACUCAUAAUGUCAGUUUCACCCAUAUAUGGUCUGGAUAAAUCCAUUCAUCUAUUUAGUAUUAGCCAUAUAUGCCAUACAGGCUUGUAUUAAUGGAACCAAGGGGAUGCCAGGAACAGAAGUGGAGAGAGAGGGUGUGGUUGCCUUAGCACCACACCCACAAAACUAACUCUCCAAUCGAAACAAAAACAACAUAAUGUGAUGGAAUUUAUAUCUAGUCAUGUGACUUGAUUUUGAUCAAUGACUGUCAAUGUUGUUUUGAUCAUUCAAAUAAGUCACAAUUUUGUUUAUUUGAUGGACUGUUCCAAACUUGCAAUUUCUAGGCCAUGUUGAUGAUAAGAUACAUGAUAGUAUUAAACCUCAUCUGUGAAUAUACCAUCUACUAGUCCAUAAUAAUUAAGGAUUUGUCAAUAAAUGUGUUUAUUGGCUGAUAUUUGCAGCUAAAUUGUCCUGUGACAUUUGGCAUUAAGAUCAUCAAAUAUGCAUGAAAUAUUAGUAUACAUUUUUGAUGAUUUUUAAAUUUAAUUUUCAAGAAUAUCUUUUAGCCUAAUACUGUUUUUAACAAUAAAUAGAAAUUACCUUUCACUGUUCAUGGAAUUUUAGAAUUUGUUGGUUCAUGUGUACCAUAAAAAAAAAAUCACAUUUUUAGAAAAUGGGAAUUAAAAUGGCUAAGAAGAAUUAAAAAGGCAAGAAGGCACUCAGAAUUUUUAAAUAUAAUUAAAUUAGUAUUCGGUCCAUUAUAUAUUACAUGUAUUUAUGAAAUAAUGUUGGCUCUUCAAAAUAUUUUCUUUUUUUUUCAAAUUACCGGGUUUAGUGUAACCAGUUAAAUCUACUUAAAGAUACCUUAUCUUUUAGAAUUUGUUAUUAAUAGCUAAAACAUAGGAUUUAUGAAUAGAAAUGACAAAGGAGAGAGAUUGAUAUCCACCAUUUAAGAAGUUUUAUUCUGGAUCAUAUAUAUAAGUGAUAAAAGCUUGUUAUUAAACUGUUUAGCUCUUGAUCUAAGGUACAAAUUUAUAACCAAACAAUAUAUGGUUUUAAUACAUUUGCACUCUGAAUCAGGAAAUGUAAUAACCCUGAUAUAUCUUUAAGAUCAAGAUCUAAAAGAUAAUGUUGCCUUUAAGGUUAUUUGAAAUUUAUAAAUUAUUUAGUUUAAAAUUGAUCAGCAUUUAAAACAAAUGGUAUAAUUCUCAUAUAAUAUGUAUCUAUAUUUAUUUUAAACAUUAAACAUUCAUAUCUAUGUUAAUGUAUAGAUAAAUUACCUAUGUACAGGAUAUAUUAUAUAUGUAUACUGUGGUUGUGAAGUUUUAAGACUCUUCCCACCUUCCGCCCACUCAACUGAUCACACAGCUAAAAAUAAACACAACCCAGGAGAACAGCAGACAGGAGGCCUGCAAUUUUUGGCAAAGUUUUAACCAACAACCUGCUAAUAUUCUCUUUCUAAGAAAAUAGGUUAAAUUUAUUUGAUCACUAUAUUUCUCCCAACUUUUUACCAAAUGUGCCAAGUAUCACCUCUUUUAGGUUAAUUAAUUAAUUAAUUAAUUGAUGAAGAUGUAAUAUUUAUUUUUUGUCAAUUAAAGUUAGUAUAUAUAAUAUUAAAUAAAUAAAAAGAGUGUCUAUGGGUUGUUCCCUAAAUGAAGUGCUAUGUAUGUAGGAUAAGUAUUAUUAUUAUUUAGUCAUUGUAAUGUUUAUAUAAUGUAUAUAAUUAUGUAAUUAUAAAUUCUUGUAUAUAAUCUAUAACAAACCAGUGACAGUGAAAGUAUUAAAGACUUUGUCUUUAUUAAUAAAAGAUGAAUUAUUUUAAUGAGUGGAUAUAAGAUUAUGUACAUAUGGCACACAUUGCAUUGCCCUAUAUUCGUAUAAUAAACUUCAUAAAUAAUGUACACGUAUAAUGAUUUGCAUAAUUUACUUAUUCAUUAACCUUAUGAAUAUACAUUUUAAAAAAAAAAGAUGUAACAAAAUUUUCUUAACUAUUUUUUUUUUUUCAUACUUAAUUAUAUAAAUUGAUUAUUUGAAUGGUUUGCAAUUGCCAUAGCCUAAGUGAUAUUCUGUUGUGAGUGUGCAAAAGCCCAUUUCUAAUUUCCAUAUUUUUAAGGAACUAUUUAAAGUGUGCUUAUCUUUUGGGCUUUGAUUUCAUAUAGGCAUUUUAUUUAAGAAUUUCUUGUUUUCAAACUGUUUUCUUUUGGAUACUUAAAAUGUGUAAAUUUGACAAGGGGGAAAAUGUAGAAGACACACGAAUAUGACGUGAUGAAUGCUAACUCAUGUUGAACACACAUGAAUGUGGCAGGACGAAUGUAAAAUUGUUAUCUAGCCGUACAGUAUGAUUUUAAUGAUGUGUUUUUAUUAAUAUGAGGAAUCAAGUUAUUUCUAUCUAAAGCUUCAGUUAAGAUAUUAAUUGUUUCUUGUUUGUUUAUAUAUAUAUUAUAUAUAUGUAUAAUAAUAUGUGAGUCAAAGAUUGUGUUCUUAUUGAGGUAUCUUAAUAUAACAGAGACUAUUAUGAAUAUAAAAAAGGCUGAUUUUUCCCAUCUAUGUGAUAAGUGAGUGUAUGAGAUAUAAGUAAAAGAAAAAGCAAUGUGAAUAAUGAUUAAUAAGUAAAUCUGUGUAUAUAUGUUUAUUAUGAUAUCUGCAUUAUUACAAGUUGUUAACAGUAAUAUUUGCUUCAAGUAUUGCUAAAUAAAUAAAAAUGAAGAAAUUAAAUAUA